CCGUCCAAUCACUAAGCAGUUUACACAUUCUUUUCCCAACCCAUCAACUCUUCAUAAACAACAACCCAUUGAGAAGGCAAACAGGACAGCUAACUAGGGAAACGAAAUACAGCCUAAAUCAUUUGGGUUGCCCUGUGAAGAUGAGCAGAAUUGCUGGACUUCUACGUCGUACGUUUGGAAUAGUACGCGACCACGUCGGGACAGAUACUUUGGGGAAUAAAUAUUACUUAAUCCCAGAACAGAAGACAUGGACAGGAAGGCUCGUCCGUGCCAAGCGGAUGGUAGUGGCAGCCAAUCCUAACGAAUAUGAAUAUAUAGAAGGCAGCAUACCGAUGGAGUGGGACGCUUGGAUCCGAGGCAGACGGAAGGAGCCCCCCUCCGUCGAGGAGCUGCUAAAGAAUGAUUCUUACAGGGAGCACAUUAAACUGAAGGCCAAGGAAGUGGAUGAGAAAGAACUGGCCCUACAGGCCAAGGAGUAUGAGGAAGGUCUGGUGGCGACCCCUGCAAAGACCGUGGCCAAGGGCCACGCAGCCACGACCAGCUUCGGCAAGCAGGAGAUCAGCGAAGACCCCACCAGCACGGCGAACACGUUCCAGCCUGGCUCCUGGAUGCCCAACCCCAAGAAAUAGACUCAUCCACAUGUACUGAGCCCGCUGUACAAAGUAAUACAGUCCAAUAGAAAAGGCCUCCAAUGAAUAGUACCUGAUAUUCACUUUACGUUGAGACUUUGGAAUUUAAUUUUAGAAGCACCUUGCAGAGAAUACAAUCCAAGUCAACAACACCACAAAGUAUGACCUCAGAAUUACCAGUUUAAUCAACUCCAUUUCACAGAGGAAGUACCUCUUUCAAGGCUGUUUUAUUAGACUGUAUUACAUUACGAGUUUUGUGUAGUCGAUAAUGUUUGUAAACACGACAAUAAGCAUCGAUCAUCUUGAAGCUGGCUAGAAGUGGCUGCAGUGAUUUAAUGGAGCUGAAAGGUCUGUGAAUAAAGCAAAGAAAAAUUAAACCAACUACAAAUAUACUAUCAUGUUUAAGAGCUAUUGUAAAAAAAGAAAUAAAAUCUAAUGCAUUGUAAAUAAUGACACAGAUACUGACUCCUUGCCGGUAUAAUGACUCAUAAAUAUUAAAUGUAUGAAAUCCAAGCUGAUCAGAAGAACAGAUAAAGUAUUGACCUAUGACCAAAAAUGUUGUGCAAUCAUUUUAAAUAUCCCUAAGAGAGCAACAUUUGACAUUUUAAAGAUAAAGUAUUACUUGUUGAGGAAGCAUGUUUAAUCCUGUGGCAACGUGUAGAUAAGAUCGAUUAUCUGCUGCUUGUUAACCAAGUCCCAAUAAUAAAUGAACGUUACAGUACAUUGA